GCCCAGCCCAUCGCAGUCCAGCAUCACUUCUUAUGGGCCAAGAAGACAGGCUGAGUUUCUGUGUUCGGUUCUGCCUGUUUGAAAUGGUACCUUUAAUUACCUGACGGCCCUCCAAACGAGCCCACCUACGGGAUAUGCUCUCGCUCCGCAGCUGGUGUCAGAGGCUGGUCUUCGUCGAAACCGAAAGGCGCGUGUUUUCCAUGGCGACGACGGCCGCCUUCUCCACGGGCUCCCCAAACCCUAACGCACUCAAGAGAGUCGGCACGCACAACGGAAGCUUCCACUGCGAUGAAGCCCUCGGCUGUUUCAUGAUCCGCCUAACGGAAAAGUUCGCCGGCGCCGAGAUCGUUCGGUCCAGGGAUCCGCAGGUGCUGGAUACCUUGGAUGCAGUUCUUGAUGUUGGAGGCGUGUAUGAUCCCAGCCGCGAUCGUUAUGAUCAUCAUCAGAAAGGUUUCAAUGAGGUUUUUGGUCACAGAUUCAUCACCAAACUUAGUAGUGCUGGACUUAUCUACAAGCACUAUGGGAAAGAGAUUAUUGCCAAGGAGCUUCAGCUUGAUCAGGAGCACCAAGAUGUUCUGCGGCUCUAUCUGGCUGUGUACAAAAGCUUUGUUGAGUCAAUUGAUGCGAUUGACAACGGAAUUAACCAAUACGAAACGGAUCUGCCUCCAAGAUAUGUGAACAACACACAUUUGUCGUCAAGAGUUGGGCGCUUAAAUUUGGAUUGGGUGGAACCCGAUCAAUCUGCAGCGAAGGAAAAUGAAGCCUUUCAGCGGGCAAUGAUUCUUGCUGGUGGAGAGUUUUUGGAGAGCAUUGGUUAUCAUGCAAAAUCAUGGUUACCUGCAAGGUCUAUUGUUCUUGAAUGCAUAGAAUCGAGGAUAAACAUCGAUCCGAGUGGCGAAAUCCUCGUUCUCAAUAAGUUUUGCCCUUGGAAGCUUCAUCUGUUUGAGCUUGAAGAGGAGUUGAAGAUUGAUCCACCCAUCAAAUAUGUUCUAUAUCAGGAUGAUCGAAGCAAAAGUUGGCGAGUUCAAGCAAUUGCAGUGUCGCCGGAUAAAUUUGAGAGCCGAAGGCCUCUCCCCUUGCCAUGGAGGGGUCUGAGGGAUGAAGAAUUGUCAAAGGAGUCUGGAAUUCCCAGAUGCGUCUUUGUUCAUAUGAGUGGAUUUAUUGGCGGAAAUCAUACUUAUGAAGGCAGCUUAGCUAUGGCAAGAGCUGCUCUCCAGUUUCCUACUGAGUAGCUGUUUACAUGGUUUAGUGAUUAUUAGAAUUUCUUUGUGGGAAACAUAUUUUCUUGUUUUAAUUGAUAAUUUUCAUAAAGCAUUUA